AUGGCACCUAAAUAUGCUUUAGAAGCAAUGGAAUUGAUGUUAAGAGACAUGACAAAAUGUAAGAAACCUUUUGGAGGUAAAGUUAUUUUGCUUUCAGGAGAUUUUCGACAAACUUUGCCAAUUGUUCCACACGGCAAUCGUACUCAUAUUGUUGAGGUAUGUGUAAAAAAUAGUAGAUUGUGGAAUCAUUUUCAAACUAAGUCUUUACAUUCUAACGUUAGAUUAGAUAAUAAUCAAAUCGAAUUUUCAAACUGGUUAUUAAAUGUUGGUGAUGGUAAACCACAAAGUACAUUUGAAAGAGAAAAUGAUGUUUUACAAAUUCCGCAAGAUAUGAUUUCGAAUAAAAAUUUAAUUGAUGAAGUAUAUGGAUCCUCAAUAAGUCGAAAUGAUUCGUCUGUAUUUUCAUCUUGCAUUCUUUCAUUAACCAAUUCUGAAGUAUUAGACAUGAAUGAACGCAUUUUGUUAAAAUUAGAAGGAAAAGAAGUAGUUUAUUAUAGUAAUGAUUCACAUGUCGAUGAUGAUGACCCAAAAGAUAUAAAUAAUAUAGUUCUAAUAGAAUUUUUAAACAGUUUAACACCAGAUGGUUUACCUCCUUAUAAACUAUCAUUAAAGGAAGGAUGCAUAAUUAUGCUUUUAAGAAAUAUGAAUUUAGUUCAAGGAUUGUGUAAUGGGACUCGAUUAGUUGUCAAAUCUUUAUUAACAAACGUAAUUUCUGCAGAAAUAAUUACUGGAAAAUAUAAAGGUGAAAUAGUAUUUAUUCCUCGUAUUGAUUUAUCGCCAUCACAAGAUGUAUUACCUUUUAAAAUUGUAAGAAGACAAUUUCCAGUUAGACUUGCUUAUGCAAUGACUAUGAAUAAAUCCCAGGGUCAAUCAUUUGAUAAAGUAGGAAUAUAUUUGCCAAUUUCAGCAUUUGGUCAUGGUCAAGUUUAUGUUGCUGGUUCUCGAGUAAAGUCGAAAAAAAUCUAA